AUGAGAUUUUCUAAAUUAUUUCGGAGUGUUGUAAUUUUUCGUAGGGGUGUGGGCUUAAGUAACAAAACAGUAAGAUAUCUAAAUAACGCGUCAGACCAGAAUCAGACGGAAGGAUGCGGUAACAACAUAACCGAGCUUAACAAAGAUAACAAAAUUCCUGAUGGUGAUAAGAAAGGUGUAGUAUUGGGCGUGUAUGAAAAUGAUAAAGAGUUGGAACUAACACCGGCCGCUGAAGAGGUGAACCAGCGCUCUGGUGGCAAAUUGUCGCGAUAUCUAAACGAUCUGUCUUGCCAACUGAAGCUGGGCAAGGCGUUUGUGGUCACCGACGUGGACCCCGAGCUCGGGGAUGUGGCUUUAGCGUCAUUUGGGCGCAGAGAUGCUGGUUAUAAUAAACUGGAGGAGCUUGAAGAGGAUCGAGAGAAUGUCCGUUGGGGCGUGGGUGCCGGCGUAACAGAGUUGCGGCGGCGCGGAUGCUCGCAGCUUCUCGUAGACCCAUCUGCUGCACCUGACGCUGCCGCUGAGGCCGCAGAGCUGGCCAGCUGGAGAUUUGAAGACUUUAAAUCGAGUUCAUGCCGACAAACUACGCCAAGUAUAUCGAUGUAUAAUGCCCAAAAGGGCGAAGCUAGCCCGACAGACAGUCAACAAUCGGCUGAGAUGGCAGCCGACCCCAGUGCCCAGCUGUGGACCAAAGGGGUAAUAAUGGGUCGCGCGCAAAAUUGGGCCCGUUAUUUGUCCGACAUGCCGGCCAACAAGAUGACACCUGUCGAUGUCGCGCAGGCGGCGCUGGACGUGCUGUGUCCGCUGGGCGUGCAGGUGUGGGCGCGCGAGCGCGAGUGGGUGGAGGCGCAGCGCAUGCACGCCUUCCUGCACGUCGCGCGGGGCUCUUGCGAGCCACCAGUGUUUCUGGAGCUAGCCUACAGUGGCACUUCGCAAGGCCGCCCGCCCGUACUGCUCGCUGCCAAGGGGGUCACCUUUGAUUGUGGCGGGUUGUGCCUGAAGCAUGCGGACCACAUGCGGGAAAACCGCGGCAGCAUGGCGGGUGCUGCUGUAGUCCUCGGCGCUAUAAGAGCCAUCGCAGAACUUAAGGUGCCCAUAAAUAUCCGCGCAGUGAUACCAUUAUGCGAAAACUUAAUCAGCGGUCAGUGUAUGAAAGUCGGGGAUGUGGUACGCGCUCUCAAUGGUACCACUAUACAGAUCGAGGACACUGACAUGGAAGGACGCUUGAUGCUUGCGGACGCGCUGGUGUACGGGCAGGCCAUGUACAAACCCUCACUCGUCGUCGAUGUCGCUACGCUUACUCGUGGGAUACUGCUGGCCACAGGUGGCGGUGCUUACGGCUGCUUCAGCAGCGGCGAGGAGACGUGGAGCGCGCUGCGCGCCGCCGGCGCGGCGGCGGGCGACCGGCCCUGGCGCCUGCCGCUCUGGGACUACUUCCGCACACAGCUCAUCGAUGAUCCAUCUGUGGAUUUAAGAAAUAAAGGAUCAGGCACGGCCACUCCGUGUAUUGGCGCUGCAUUCCUAAAGCAGUUCGUGUGCGGCGAGUGGCUGCACCUGGACGUGACGGGCGUGGGCAAGCUGGCGCACGCCGCCGCGCCGCCCUACCUGCGCCCCGACCGCAUGAGCGGCCGCCCCACGCGCGCGCUCGCCUACUUCCUGCAGCUGCUGCACCACGACUCGCUGGCGGGCACCCACACGCCGCACAACCCCCAAUGCCCCACACAAAGACACAACUAA